AUGCUGAAUUUUAUUCUUCUCCAAAAUAGACAAGGAAAAACAAGGUUUUCAAAAUGGUACAUUAACUGUAAUGAAGCCAAGCAGAAGAAGAUUGAGAGAGAUAUUAACAAAAUUUUAAUAAACAGAAGUAGGUCAUAUGCGAACAUUUUCGUGUACGAGAAUUUCAAAAUUGUGUACCGGUUGUAUGCAGGCCUCUACUUUGUCAUCUGCAUCGAGAACGAGAACGAGUUGUACAUUCUUGAGUUUAUUCAUUUCAUGGCUCAACUUCUGGACACUUUUUUUACAAACGUUUGUGAAUUGGAUCUCUUAUUCAAUUUCCAUUUUUUGUACUAUUUUUUUGACAACAUAAUUCUUGGUGGCUACAUUUAUGAAGUGAAUAAAAAUAUCAUACUAGACAAGAUAAACAAAAUAAAGAAAGUCAUAUGA